AUGGCUGUUAUGCCUGAGAUUGCCAAGGCAGUGGAGGAGAUGGAUUGGAGUCUUCCAACAGAUGUCCAAGCUGAGGCUAUCCCACUAAUUCUUGGCGGAGGAGACGUCCUGAUGGCUGCUGAGACUGGCAGUGGAAAAACUGGGGCAUUUAGUCUUCCAAUCAUCCAAAUUGUGUAUGAGACACUGAAAGAUAUAAAAGAAGGGAAGGGAGCAAAGGCAGGGGCUGGAAAAGCUGCAGUUGCAGGAAGUACAAAAUGGGGUAUGAAUGUAUUUGACAGAGGAGAGGCCAUGGCCAUUAAUCCUGAAGGAUUACUCUGUCAGAGCAGAGAUCAGCGUGGGUGGCAUGGCUGCCGUAGCAACAAGGGACUGCAUGGAAAAGGAAAAUAUUACUAUGAAAUGAAAGUCACAGAUGAGGGCCUAUGUAGGAUAGGCUGGGCCACAGAGAAGGCCACACUGGAUUUGGGCACCGACAACCAGAGUUUUGGGUUUGGUGGAACUGGGAAGAAAUCUCAUGGAAGACAGUUUGAUAAUUAUGGAGAGGUAUGUUUGGUGGAGGUCAAGUACUUAAGCAGUAAUG